AUGCCGAGACGUGGUAUGUUCUCUACUAAUAAUGUGUCGGUGAUUGAUGGUUUGUUUGAGAUUUCAAAACCUGUGGAAUUGGAUGCUACGUGGGGAUAUAGAGGUGACUAUUCGGCAGCCAAGAAGGACAUCCCUGCAAACCCUAGUUCGAGUAAUGUGGAAAAUAAGGGUGCUACGAUUCAGGAUGAGGGUUUUUGGGAUCCUACUAAAAAAGAUAGCAAGAGUUCGUAUGCUGACAAACUUCAGUCCAAGAAUCGGAUCAAAAGGGAGGUUAACUUUAGAUUUAUGCAACCGGCUGAGAUAAGAGAUGAUGCUGACAUUGUUAUUCCUAAAGAGGUGGUCCAACAGGUCCAGGAUAAAUUUGAGAACGUUUUAUAUGGUUAUUUUCUAGGGAAUAGACUGCCUUUCCCGGUGGUAGAAUAUUAUGCCAAAAACGUUUGGUCGAAGUUUGGUUUUUCGAAGCUAAUGAUGAACUCAUCGGGUUUCUUUUUCUUCAAGUUUGAGGAGAAGGAGGGUAUGAUGAAAGUGCUGGAAGGAGGUCCGUGGUUGAUAAGGAAAAUUCCUUUAUUUCUUAAUGUAUGGUCGCCGAAGGUUAGCUUAAAAAAAGAUGGCAUUAAAACGCUUCCUCUUUGGGUCAAAAUGCAUAAUGUUCCGAUUGCAGUUUAUUCGGAUGAUGGCUUAAGCUUGUUGGCUUCUAAGUUGGGAGUGCCUAAAAGAUUGGAUUCAUACAUAGCGGAUAUGUGUGCAGAGAAUUGGGGUAGGAGUAGUUAUGCCCGUGCUAUGAUAGAGGUAAAUGCUGAAACUGAGCUCAAAGAUUAUAUAUCUAUUGCGAUCCCUAAGAUGGAUGAGGAGGGCUAUAUUAUGGAACGAAUUAAAGUUGAAUAUGAAUGGAGGCCACUUCGGUGUGCAACAUGUUGUUUGUUUGGCCAUGAUGAGAAUACAUGUAGUAAGGUUGACAAAGGGAAGGCAAAACAGGUUUCGGUAGAUGAGGAAGGGUUCGUAACUGAUAGAAGACGGGUAGCUAGACAAACAUUUCCCCAAAAGAAACAAUAG